AUGACUAAAAAAAGAGUUUUGGUAUCAUAUGGCGUUGAUGUCGAUGCAGUAGCAGGAUGGCUUGGGUCAUACGGAGGCGAAGACUCAUCCAACGACAUCAGUAGAGGCUAUUUUGCUGGAACAGUUGGAGUACAGCGCGUAUUAAAACUGCUUAAAAAAUACGACAUCAAGGCAACAUGGUUCAUUCCGGGCCACAGCCUGGAGACUUUCCCCGAUGAAAUGGCCGCUGUUCGGGACGCUGGACAUGAAAUUGGCCUGCACGGAUAUUCUCAUGAGAAUCCCACAAGCAUGAGUAUCGAGCAACAGAGGGAGAUUUUGCACAAGACGUACUGCAUGCUUACCGAGUUUGCUGGUAAGCCCCCUCGAGGCAGCGUUGCACCUUGGUGGGAAACCAGCAAGGAGGGAGCCCAGCUUCUGCUUGACUAUGGCAUUGAGUAUGAUCAUAGCAUGAGCCACCAUGACUGCCAGCCGUACUACCUGCGAACUGGGGACUCGUGGACCAAGAUAGACUAUACCAAGAAGCCGAGUGACUGGAUGCACCCUUGUGUAAAGGGUGAAGAGACCGGCUUGGUUGAGAUACCCGCGAACUGGUACCUCGACGAUUUACCUCCCAUGAUGUUCAUCAAAAACGCCCCUAAUAGUCACGGAUUCGUGAAUGCAAGAGAUGUGGAGGACAUUUGGCGAGACCACUUUGAUUACUUUUAUCGCGAGUACGACGAGUUCAUCUUUCCAUUGACGAUACAUCCAGAUGUAUCUGGUCGUCCACAUGCCUUGCUGAUGCAUGAGAGGCUCAUUGAGCAUAUGAAGCAGCACGAGGGUGUCGAGUUCGUAACUAUGGAGCAGAUUUGUGAUGAGUUCAAGUCCAAGAACCCCCCUGCUCCAGGAGCCAUAUUGCCAGCCGAAGCUGGUCAUAUGCUUAAACAGUAG